AUGAUUGUUAAAACAACAACUACCUUAUUGGUAUUGUUGUUUGUUUGCAUUUGUAUCAACAGCAACCGCAAUACAGUAUUGGUCAAUGCAUGGGGCAAUGGAGGUCCCCCAAACCCUAUUCAACCUACAGGCUCAGUACCAUACUUUGAUUACAAGGGACAUCAUUAUGAGGUCAUUCCUGAAAGCCAGGCCACCAUCACCAACGUCGAUUCGUUCAAUCCGCCCCACAGCGAUUCCAUGAACAGAAAGAGAUACCUUCUCACAUUGGAGACAUAUGAUGAGUACAUGUUUGUGGUCAAUUGGGUCAAGGCCAUGUCAUCAUCAUUUCUUGUGGCGCCAACCUUUUGGCUUGGUACCAUGACUACCGACAAUAUCUCUUGGUGGUGGGCAAGCGGACACACACGUGGCGCACCAUUCUAUCAAGACUUCCCCGAGCGCUGCUACCAGUACUGUCCCAACAUCACGUUGUCCUCGGAUGCAGGCGCAAUCUCCAACUUCUACUUCAACAUGAACGAACCAAGCGUGUGGUUGCAGGCCACCCAAUCAUCGCUCAACUAUGUCAUCUGGGAGUAUGGUGGCAAUGACCCCGAGGACAUCACUGUGUCUCGCGAGGAGAUGGGCAACACAUUUAUCAGGUUUGGCAACUUCCUCUCCAACUACCAGGCCAAUCUCUCUGUCGAUGGGGUUCCAUCAGUCGCAUGCACACUGUCACCGUAUACUAGCGAUGCUCGCUACAACUACAAGUGUGAUUUUAUGGCCGUCGUUUCACCCUCCGCUUCGCUCUCUGGCGUCGGCGUCACACUCAAGGUGUUCAACAGCACACAGUCCACGACAUAUCAGAUCACCUUUAACACUCCAUGGGUGGCAGCGAUCAAGGGCAACUCGUCCAACACAUUCUUCUAUGGCAUGGGUCUCAGGUAUCUAAUGACAAACGCCACCGUCCAGACACCGACGACGACAUUUACUAUCUCGUCUGGUAACUAUCCCAUGCCCAACACUCUUGGAUACGAUGUCUUCAUCACCAACUUUGGUCAAGCCGACAUCAAGUAUCAACCAUUGCACAUCACAGACAUUACAAACAGGUUCUACUCUACUCAAAACAGGCCCACACUAUUCGAGGAUACAACAGGACUCUUGCAUCAAUUCCAUGGAAGGCAAGUGACACACAGCCAAGCUAAGAGCAUGCUGAUACAGACUUCAGUGUUUGGAUCAGAGUUCCAGUUGUUUGGAGUGAUCACUCCAGUAUUGAUCACAAACUUUAUACCAAUGUUCUUUCCCGCCACCGCGGACAGGAAUGCUUGGACCGGUAUCACAAGAACGAACAACGUACUCUAUUAUAACGGCCAGGUUAUUGCCUCACCGGGCGCACCAGCCAACGGCGACGCACCCCUCUACUAUCACUCCAAGGCUGACCUCUCCAACAAUGACUACUUGGUCAGCACUAACGGCGACCCCAAUCAAAAGUUUGGCUUCUUUGCUACAGCUGGCCUGCCUAGUGCCACUGCGAUUCCCACUGUUAUAGUAACAUCAACUACUCCUCCCCAGGUCAAGGUGAGCUCCACCGUCAGCUUCCUUAUGCCCUUCUCCGAGUUGAAUGCUUACGUCAUGAAGGGCAACCAACCCGAGGGCUGGCAGCCAUGUCCAUCGGCCUAUAUCAAGGACACCACCAUAGCUCUGGUGAACCUACCACCAGGAUCCACUGGAGACUACAACUUCCGUCUAAAUGUUACCAAUGGCCAAGUUACCAAGACCUACACCUCCACCGUCUCUCUGCCAUUAACCGCGAUACCAAUGAUCACAGACAUACAAAUGGCAAUUGGAUCAGGUAGUCAGAUAACAUUGUUUGGCGAUUUCUCUGGAAGGAGUGUUAUUAGUGUCAACAUUCCUACGAUCAAUUGCUUGGGAGGCUUUGACAACAAGAUAUCAUACAUUCUCUGCACCAAUCCAUCACCAAUCCCUUAUGGAACCUUCUCUGUGACCAUCGACCUCACCGGAGCAGCCGGUGGAGCCUCACAGACCACCAUGGCCUACUUGUGGAAUUCUCCCAAGAUCAGUCUGGCCCAGAUGGUACUUGGUGCGCGCCAACCACUGGAGGGUGGCCCGGUCCAGAUCCAGGGCUCAGGCUUCAUUAUAGGAGUCACAACUGUCACACUCAAGAACUCGAUCAGUCAAGUGGAGUGCACGAACGUCGUCGUUCUCGAUAUCAACCACCUCAAUUGCACUGCCGGACAGCCGGUGCUCAGCUCCAACAUGGCCUUCGAAGUCAAAGUCUACAACGACCCCAAAGAUGUCUUUGGCUCACAAUGGACCACCGUAACAUACUAUGGCAUCGUCUUGGACAAGCCAUCAUUCAAACAGUCUGGCUCCAGCGGCGCCAUCACCGGCCAGAACUUUGAUCUGUACUCCCCGAGUUGGUCCAUCAAGCUCGGUGGUUCCGCGGCAACAAACAUCGUCUGCACGGCCAUAAGGUGCACAUUCGAUCUCAACUCAGCCAUGCUCAGUGGCCAGCUCCAGAUCCUCUCCCGACUAAACUUGGCCACGGCUGCCGAGACAGUGGUGCUCACCCCCUUGAUCGAGACGGGACCCACCGGCCUCCUGAACCCUGGCGCAAAGUCAUCGAUUGUUGGCAUGUUCUUCAACACAUUCCAGAACCUGAGGAUUAACAUCAGCAACAGCCUCGUCAAUGUUGACUCGUGGACUGGCGUCACGUCCAAGACGCUGACCUUCAAUCCACCCAAUAUCCUCGGCGCCAACCUCGCCCUCACGAUCGUGAGCACAUAUAACGACGUUGUAGCCAGCUCUUUGCCUGUGACCGUUUCGUACCCGGCACCCAUCGUCGACACUAUUGUGACCAACUCCUUUAGCAACGGUUCGGUGUCCAUUUCAAUCUCAGGCAAAUUCUUGGCCACGCCCACCAACCUUCCAUCCCUCAGCACCGUGUCAACUGUGACGCCAAUCACCACCUGGUCUACACUCAGCUACUCCACGGUUACCGCGAUGCUCAGUGGCGUCGACAUUCGCUCAACUGAAAAUGUCAUCUACACUGUCGCCGGCCAACAGUACCAUGGCUCUGCCAUGAUCAUCAGGCCAGUCAUUAUCACUCGACCAGAAAUCCCCAUCCAAGGUGGAAACAUCACAAUCAUUGGAUACAACAUAGCCAUGACCAACUUUGACGGCCUUCCCAUCCUCACCGUCACGAUCAACGACACGGCGUGCGCCAACCCCUUGGUCAACACACUUGGCGGCAACAAAUUCCGCAUGGUCUGUGUCGCACCUCCAGGCCGCGGCAGCGCCAUUCUCAAGAUGACCACUGUCCAGAGCAGCGUCGUAACCGCCACCCUGCAGUACAUGAUGCCCACAAUUGACUCUGUCUCGUCUACAUACUUUGGCGAGCCUGCGCCCGUCACUAUAUAUGGUCGCUACUUCAAUCUGUUCAAUAUGAGCGUGACCAUUGGUGGAUCGCCCUGCACCAACCCAACCCCGGCUCUGAACGGCACACUGAUGACUUGCGACUUCAAGUCGGACGUGAAGUACAAUGACGACGUCACUCACACACUCUCGGUAAAUGCGACAUUCGACAACACAACAGUGUCGAGAGAUGCCUUCAUCUACCUGUUCAGGAGCUCUCCCUGUCCCGCGUGCGGCCAACACGGUUCAUGCAACACUGGUACUGGCGUAUGCGACUGCAGCACUGGCUGGACCGGCAUUGACUGCAGCCAACAGCUGGCCGUUGGUGGCGAGACCAGUGACCCACCCAAGCUCCCCGACAACAACAAACCCUCAGAGGUCAAGCUCGGCUCAGUCAGCAAGAAGGUUGAGUUCAACGUAAGUAUGACAGAGAUUCGCGAGGUCUCUCCCGCGGGUGCCAUCAUCAAACAGCGCUUCAUCAAGGACAUCGCCUGGACCAACGCGGAGCCCGGAGCUGAUGGCAGUAACGACACAUCGAUCACAACAUACUUGGGCACGUACAGCGACGACGCCAAGUUUGUGCUCACGGUCGACACGCAGAUCUUCACGGAGGAGAGCACGUACAACUUUGCCGGCGACAAUUUCAAGGUGCCCGCCAACUCGAUCAAGUACACCAUCCAUCUGGAUCAAUGGACGUUCAACGACAAACUCAACUCGCUGCGCGUUUUCUUCCUGGCGCAGGCAGGCAGUGGCGCCAAUGGAUGUGAGCAGGCCAAGCUGGCCGGCCAGGUGAGCAACUCUCAAUCAUCGCUGCGUUCGAUGGAGAUCGUGCAGGGAUCGGGCAUGCUCAAGGCCUACUACUCGGACAGAAUGAUCAUUGAUGGUCGUGUGACACAUAGUACAGUGGAGCUGGUUGACGAGAGUGAUCAGUCGAUGGUGGAGCUGAAGCGUGCCAACCCUGACACACUGAGCGUGCUGACGUCCAUCACUGUCAACAACUUUGGCAGCUCGGCCAAGAUCGAUCCCAACUUUGGUUCUCUGCUCAUUCAAUCGGAUGGCAAGGACAAUGGCGCCUGUGGCAACAAGGAUGAGGCCAAGUGGCGCAUACCAGUCAUCGUGGUGACAGUGGUAGUUGGAUCAGUUGCCAUCCUAGUUGGCGUCGGUAUCGUUGUAGCCAAGAAGAACUCGCUGCGGUUAAAGAUACUACGCAGGGAUUUCUCAAUCAAGAUGCGCAGAAAUAAGGAUUAA